CAGAUUAAAACCAGCUCGACCAAUCAGAUUUGACGCAAACCGGAAGGAAGUGUCACCCAUUCAAGACAGUUGCUGCAAUAAUAUGAACUUCCUCGAAAUUUAGUGCAUGCGUUUCCUCCUGAAGUUUACCUAAAUCUAAAUCCACGGAGUUUACAGAUAAAGAAACAGCUCAAGAUGGGCUACAUGACCGUAGAGGAGCACAGCUUCAACCUGCUACACCUCAAGAGAUCUCCUGGCAUCCGCUCCUGGUCUCUUCUCGUCGCUAUAGCAUCUAUUGGCUUAGCCGCUGCAUAUUACAGCUCAGACAGCAUUCUGUGGAAGCUUUUCUACGUGACCGGCUGCCUCUUCGUGGCCAUGCAGAACAUGGACGACUGGGAGGAGGCCGUGUUCGACAAGAGCAAGAACCUGAUCGAGCUGAAGACCUUCAGCCUGUACACGUUGGUCCUGACGCUAUGGAGGAAGGGGCAGGACAGAGUGGUGUUGGACCUGACCCAGCUGUGUGACGUGUGCGUCCAGGAGGAGAGGGUCCGCUAUCUGGGGAAGGGUUACCUGGUGAUGCUGCGGCUGGCUGCCGGCUUCUCCUACCCGCUCACUCAGAGCGCCACCCUGGGGUCUCGCAGUGACGUGGAGGCCAUCGCGGCGCUGCUGAAGCGUUUCCUGGCUCUGGAGGAGCUGAAGCAGCAGAGGCAGCAGGGGAUGGAGUACGGAGAGGAGGAGGAGGAGGACUCUCUGGAUAACAGCACGGACGCAGACGACGAGGCGGAGAACCUCUGACCUGCACGAGCUCCAGUCUGGGGCAUUAUGACACACGUCAAACUGCGAGCACGUGCAUGGAAGAUCAGGGACUACGAAGCUUUUUGUUACUUGUAUUUCCCAGUAGUUCUUCAAACCCACGUCAUUCCUCGGCAUUAUCCAACUAAUUACUAUUUGAGCACACUCCAGAUUACAGAUCCACUGUGCCUUUCUACUGAAUUCUAAUGAGUGUUUGUGGGGAAAAAAG